AUGAAGAAAAUUAAGAAGACGGAUACUUAUGGCCUUCUCUGGAAUCAGGAUCAGUACGAGAAGAAUAUUUCAAACGAAUGGAUCCAGAAAGUAACAUCUCACAAGUCCUAUUCUUACAAAGCCUCAUCCCUUCGCGAAACAACGAAAAUUCUUUCCUUGGAAUUGACAAAAACCUUUCUCUUUCUAUCUCUUUGGCGAAAGCUCAUGGACCGCCCUUCUUCAGAAGAACUUUCCUUCUCUUCUUUGAUUUUUAACAACUUGGCGCUUUUUCCUUUCAUCCUCUCGACGAUUUAUUCAAACCGCUCUAGAAUUCCCAGCGCUGUCUUUUAUUUUGCUCUGAUUUUGGUUCUCAGCCCGAUCUACGCUAAUCUUACUACGUCUAUUAGUACAGACACGAUUCUGAACCUUGCGAUGUUUUCUUUCACCCUUCGCUACUUGGCCUUUGAUUUUUCAACGAACGAGCCCGGCGCUGUUUCUCGCAAUUCCGCCCUUUUCGGACUCUUCUUUGGGAGUGUCGUGGCGUUCUGCAUUGCUGCGAAAUUUUGGGAGUGGAAAAAUCGCGAUGGAGAAGACUCAGAUGAAGGGGAUUUCUACUCCACUGCGAUCGCGUUAAAAGACGAAACUCUCCGCCGUAUUGUUGAACAACUAGAACGAGCGCGCUACUCUGCCGUUCGAAUAAAACACUCGGCUAAGAACUCGAUCGUUUUGCCUUCGCGCGCCAAUCUUCUUUCGCGGGAUCGAACUGAAAGCGAAGAAAACGAGGCAACGCUGACGGAAUCGUCCUAUUACGACUGCAGCUCGUGGGAUUUCAACAGAUCAUCCGCGAAAUUACGCUACAAAGACGAUGGGAUUCAUCCGGAGUGUUUUCUGUCGAUGGACGAUUGCAUUCGCCGAAAUGACUAUCCUUGCGAUGUUUUCACUGUGGAAACGGAAGACGGCUUCCUGAUCGAAAUUCAUCGACUAAGAAACGAGGGAAAACCGGCGGUUCUUAUGCAACAUGGAAUUCUUGGCGAUUCGAGUCACUGGCUAGCUGCUGGCCCGGAUCAUGGACUCGCGUAUCGCCUAUGGGACGAAGGCUUUGACGUUUUCCUUGCCAAUACGCGUGGCAACCCCUACAGUCGUCGCCAUACAGAACUCUCCCCCGACGACGAUCCAAAAUUCUGGCGCUGGACCUUUCACGAAAUCGCCAAAUACGAAAUCCCCGCGAUCGUCCACAAAAUCUGCAAAAUCGCGAAGCAGGAAAAGAUUUGGUACAUUGCGCACAGCCAAGGAACUCUUCUGAUGUUCGUGAAUCAAGAAGGCGGUGACGAAGAAACGAAGAAGCGGCUUCAUGGAAUGAUCGCUUUGGCGCCGAUUUUGUCGCUGAAAAAUGUCAAGGGCGCGUGGAGAUCUCUUGUCGGCCCGUUCAAGUCUUUUUCGAGCAAUGAUAUGGUUCAAAGAUACCUCGACAGCGAAUUCCUCAAACGAACGAAAGCGACGCGAUAUUUGGCAAAACUUGUGAAGGAUUCGCCCGAACUGCUGAAAGCGUGGGGUACCAGCAUCGCCCAAGAUUUUGCAUUCCACUCGGUAAAUUUCAACCACAAGCGAUAUGUGCAGGAGAGAUUGCAAGUGUUCGUCUCGCACACGCCUAGUGGGACGAGUUUCAGAAAUGUGGUUCACUUUGGGCAGAAUAUUGGACACACAAGAAUGGCGAAAUUCGACUACGGAGCAAAAGCAAAUCUAAUUGUGUAUAACAGCGAGAGUCCCCCCUUCUACGACUGGACAAAAAUCGACCUGCCCAUUCACCUGUUUGUUGGAACAUCCGAUUGGAUCGCCACUCCUGACGAUGUCCGCCUCAUGCGCCCAAACCUUCGCAACUCGACCCUGACGAUCAUUGACGAUUUCGACCAUCUGGACUUCAUCUGGGGAAAGACGGCGAGAGAAGAGUUGCAUCCGAAAAUCAUUGAAAUUCUCAAAAGUUCAAGUGUGUAG